GCAAUAUUAGACCUUGAACAUUUACAAAUUCAUGUUCAUUCAAUAUUUCCACACGAUACAUUGAUGUCAAUCUUGUAAUAAACAACUUCUAGACGUUACCAACGGAAUCGCAUUCAAGAACCCAAGCUCUUAGAAGGGCGAAGAGUUCUUACAAAACCUAUGUACCCAGAGACUGGGUACUGGAUAAGUUGUCCAAUUUUAAUGUUGGAACCGGGCACCCUCUAGGCAUAUCCCUAGCAUAAAGAGAAGCAGUACCAUGGUCCCCAACCUAACGUGAGUGCCAAAUUCGGCCAGUAUAUCAAGCCUCCCUUAAACAUCACGUUAUGAGGCUACACAAUGCCUCGUCCAAGGAAGCGGAAGCGUCCGGACUCCGUCAAAGGUGGUUUGGAUGCUAGACCGCCAACGAAGAAAGGGAAAACACAACCUGAGACCAAUCAGCAGUCGGUGCCUGUACAAGCCCAGCAUGCUGUACUCAACCAAUUCUAUCCGCAUGUACUGACAUUGCGUAAUUAUGUCCUUUCCAAGCUACCUACCACCUCUAGACUUAGAAGAAAAAAGGUCGCCGCCGUCGGCAUAAUCAAGAAGGCUUCGGACUCGGCCCCUUCAGAUGUAGAGCGAUCAUUGGGCAGUUUACUUGACGGCACCCUCGUCGGAAUACCAGAUGGAUUGCGAAGUCCGGACGAUCAUAUUUUGACCGGAUGGAAGAAUUUCUCCCAAAAGGGGGACGAGUCCUACGUCACUCUGUCUAACGGCGUUGCUGGAUUUGUCGAGACACAGGCACUUAAUACGUCGUAAGAACAUUAUUCUCGAGGGAGAAGACUGGCACAUGGCCAAAGCAUCUGCUCUGUGACGGCUUCACCG